AUGGAGCCAACUGAAGCAGAGAGUAACAUGAGGCAGGAGAUCAGUUUCAAGUUCGACACGCCGGACAACAGUCACCCGCUUGUCUUCUUGAAAUUGGUCAAAGAAGCGCCGCAGAUAGAAGCCGAUCUUCCAAGUAGCUCCACUUCGUACUCAAGGACGCUCGCUAUUCACCCCGGAAAGCUGACCGUGAGCCCUUUCUUUGCGGCGCUUCUGCAACGCUGGGCUUCCAACGGCCUCCAUGCAAACGGUCCAACGACAGUGAAGGUGUUUGAGCUGGGGUGCGAGGAUCCGGAUGCUGCUUCUCUCGCUAUCCAGAUCCUCGCUGAAUCGCUGUCACUGAUGAGAGGGAAGAGAUCCUGGUCACCUUCGAGAAUUUGGGGUUUGGAACUGUCAGGGGAGCUCGAGGAAAGGCUGGCAGAUCUGAAGAGCGACAGCGGGUCUGCCUUUGGCGAGGAGCUCUUGCGGAAAUUGAUGGAGGGUGCAAUGUCCCUAGAAAGUGGCCCGUUCUUCUGCAAGUUCUUUCCAAGCAAGAGCCAGAUGGACGGCUCUGAGAGGCUGCGCGUGGUUGUUGAAGAGAUAGGAGAUUCGGAGUGGCUUGGACUCAAUCGGGAGUCUGUUCAGACAAUCCUAGGAACAGGGCUAGUGCUCGAGCUAGGAUUUGGGACGGCGAACGCUCUACUGCAGGCAACGACUCAGGCCAUGAUGGUGAUGAGGGAGCUUCCAGAGCGUAGGCCUGCUUGA